GACUCUCGCCUAGAAUGUGUAUCAUAGAGUUGAAAGUCUCAGCUGUCAUCGAUACCGAUGCUGCUAUUUUGAUAAACGCAAUAGUCGGGAAUCGAUAAUUGUUACAUUCGCACGUAUCAGCUUUCCUGAUUCCGUGAGAAAUAAUUUGCAAAAGUCAAGUGUCCAUUACGUUACCAUACAUCAAGCGUCAAACACAAAUUAGCUAUUGAAAUGGAGCAAUAUUUUAUAGACGAUUUUGGGCCCAAAUAUAGUGAUUUGCCAAUGGAGAUCUUGGUCAAAAUAUUUGGAUAUCUGAACCCAGGAGAUAGAUUUGCUGUAGGGCUGACCUGCAAACGAUGGCUGGAAGCGACACAAUACCAGCACUUUAUCAACGAUGUUUGUCUCAAUUUUUACAAAACCCAUUUCAACGACACUUCCAGCCCAGUAGUUUACCUGUUGAAAAGCAUUCGAAACUUUCAGAAUAUUUCUUUCACUCAAGUGGAUUUCAAUGAAACCGAGCAAUUUUUUUCCCGAUUUGGUUCAUAUAUUCACGAACUCAACUUUAAAGUUUGUGACAUUCGAGAAAAAACGUUCAUCUGUAUGUUAAUGAUGGUACCUAAUCUACGUACUUUAAGAGUGGAAGGUUGUAGAGAAUUAUUAAUGUCAGGAAGAUUAUUUGAACCUGGACCAGAUCAACAAAUAUUAGCUAGUACAUUGGAAAAUGUUACCAAGCUCAGCUUAGGCUUCAACCGCUACCUAUCUGAUGCUUUGUUUAAACGCAUAGUAUUAUUGAUGCCAAACUUGGAAGAUUUAGAUCUAACCAGUUGUUCUAUUUCAUUUCACAAAGGGCUCUACCGCAAAUUUUAUCCUGGUUGCCCAGAUGAUGCUUCAGAGAAUGUUUUGACAUUUUAUUAUAUUGCGCAAUUUAUCGAACGUCAAGCUCAUAAAUUGAAGAAAUUAAAUUUCAGUUCUACUCUGAUCGAUGGCGAUGCUCUUGAGGUGUUAGCUGGCUUUAGUUCGCUAAGGCUUGAAAGCUUUGAUUUGAAUUCAUGUGAUCAGUUAACAAAUCCUGGUAUAACGGCCCUAGCUCAGGCUAAAACUACGCUUCAACAUCUGGAUUUUUCGAAAUCAGUACGGUUUACAGACUCUUGUUUGCAUAAAAUUUGUCAUCAUUUGCCGAACCUAGUUUCACUGAAAGUUCGGCGCUGUCGGGCCUUGACGGAUCUUGGAAUAACAGAAAUAGUACGAUUGGAAAAACUUCAAGUGUUGGACAUUUCUGAAUGUGAAUCUGUAACGGGACAAGGUAUUAUUAAAGGUAUCGCUUCCAAGUUGAAUCCCAUGUUACUCGAACUUUAUGUCAGCGCACUAAAUCUAUGCGAGAGCUCGGUAACAAAAAUUGCACAAUGCUUUCCUUCGUUACGAGUGCUUGAUCUGAGUUACUGCUUUCAUUCAGUGUCAGAUCUUUGCUUGCAAAUGAUAUUCAAAAAUUUAAUAUGGUUGAGACAUCUGAACCUAGAUUGCUGUGAUAAGAUAUCAGAUAGUGCUAUGACUGGUGUAGGAAUGUUGCAAAAAGUUCAAGAUUUCGAAAUAAACAAGACAACGGUAGUCCAACCUGUAACACCUAGUAGUUCUGCUAGUGACGAAAUUGAUCAGAUGCCACCGAUUUGUAAUCGGCCACCAACAGGCAAUAUAUCAGAAGAGCCUUUUAGAAUUUCUCUUCGUAGUAAGGCAGAGCAAGAGAUCGUUAAUGAUGCGUUGCGGAAAAGAGCUAUGAUGGAGAUAUGUCAACAAAACGAAUUCCACAAAGAUGAUGCUAGUACUGGAUACUCUAUCGAUCGUCUUAAAGGAUUGCGAGUGCUACGGCUAUCUCAGUGCAAUAAGUUAUCAGAUAUUUCUUUGAUGUAUGCUUUCAAGUUAACGGAAUUGAAAGAAAUAAGCUUGGCAAAAUGUCAGCAAAUAUCUGGGGUGGGCAUAAAAUCAUUAGUGCAAAACUGUCCAUCCCUUGAAGUUGUGGACUUAAGCGAAUGUCAUAACGUAAAUGAUAAAGCAAUUGAAAUGAUCGCCAUUCAUUUAAGACGCCUGCAGACUUUGUCUCUUGAACGAUGUUUCCAACUUUCAGAUUUCAGUUUGGACUAUAUUGCGAUUCAUUGUAAAGCACUGCGGACACUGGAUGUAAGAGGCUGUCGCAAUAUGUGCGCUGAACCAAAUCUACGGCUAGUCAAUGUGCCCACUCUUCGGACUGUUCACGCCAGCAAACCCGGUCCUUAUAUGGGUGAACCAGGUUAUUUUGUGAAGAAACCACCCCCACCUCCGAUGCCAAAACGUAUUUAAUAUUUAAUAUUACUCGAUGCUGGUGGAUUGUUGAUUGUUGUUUUGAUACUGAUUAUUUAUUUCUUAUUGUUUUAAAUAUUAUUUUCACCCAGUAUUUUGUAAUUGUAUUUGCUCAUUUAUUGUUGUUAUGAAUCAAACAUUUGUAUAAAACAUGAAUAAACAAACGAAUUUACUUGUGAA